GGGUGAGUGAGGGAAGGGGGGGGGGCGGGAGAGAAAUGGCGGGUUCUGUGUGGAAACGGGGGGAAGGUGGCGGCUGUGGGGGGUCGGGGAGACGCUGAAGGGACCCUUUGUUCCUCAGCGGUUUGAAAGCGCCGCCAAAUUAAUACAUACUGUGAUUAAGUUACAAAAGACAUGCCCAUCGUUAACCAGCUGGCGUGGUAAAUGCUUUCUGACCACCUGCAAAACGAUGGGAUAUUCUCCAAGUUUUAGAUCCUUCUGCGUGACAAGAGAGGAGAUGAAGUAACGCAGAGUGGUUAGUUUAUAUUUAACUAAUAGAUAACAAAGGUGCUGGCGAGGUUGCUUUGCACUGCUGGAAGUCUCCCCAAAAAAGAGGCGCUGCCCUGAUGAGCCGCAGAGUGGCCGGCACCAGCUCCACAGCCAUACUGCUCAAGUGCAUGCACGAUGGCUUGGAAAUGCUAGGAUACCAGCAGAGACAAGAUGUUAGUCACAAAAGACAAGAAAAACGCAGUUUGCCGUACGUAAGGAUGGAUUUCACGGAGUCCUACGACGAUCAGUGCUCUGCUGUGGGGAUUGCAGCCAGAGCAGGAAAUGUUGACCUGCUGAAGAAGCUCAUGAGGAAGCGGCACAGCCUCGAUGUUCCAGAUAACAGGGGCUGGAUGCCCAUCCACGAAGCAGCAGCUCACGGGUCCAGUGAAUGUCUGAAGAUACUCAUUCGUUCAGCUCCAUCUAAAGACUACAUCCACACAAAGACGUUUGUGGGGAUGACUCCGCUGCACCUCGCGGCGUACUACGGCUCUUUGGAAGGUGUUCGCAUUCUUCUGGAAGCUGGGGCUCGCCCCAAUGAAAUCACCACCGACGAAACCACCACGCUGUUCCUAGCUGUUCAAAGUGGAAAGGCAGACAUCGUAAAGGUUCUGAUCAGAUAUGGAGCAAACGUUGAAGGACAUCAUACUUGGUCUGGGUGGAAUUCUUUGCACCAAGCUUCUCUUGAGGGACACACUGAGAUCAUGCAAAUACUCCUGGAGGCAGGGGCAAGCAAGGAAUGUGAGGAUGACUAUGGAAUUACCCCUUUAUUUAUUGCUGCUCAGUAUGGAAAGCUGGAGUGUUUAAGACUGCUUAUAUCCUUUGGUGCAAAUGUGAACUGUCAGGCCAAGGACAAAGCCACUCCCCUGCUGAUUGCUGCACAGGAGGGCCACACCGAGUGCCUGGAGCUGCUCUUGGCCAGCGGCGCAGACGCCAAUCUCUACUGCAACAAGGACAACUGGCAGUUACCCAUCCACGCAGCGGCCGAGAUGGGCCAUAAAAAGAUAUUAGAGUUGCUAAUACCAGUUACAGAUCGGAUUUGUGACAAAGGCAAGGGCAAAGUGAGCCCUGUGUAUUCGGCAGUGUAUGGUUAUAAGAAAGAAUGUUUGGAAAUGUUACUUACCGAAGGCUACAGUCCAGAUGCUCAAGAGUGCCUGAAGUUCAACUGCACAUCACCCAUGUGUAUGGUCUUCCAGCGUGGGUUUUUUGAUUUCGUUGAUAUUUUCCUGAAAUACGGGGUCACCUUACUUGACAGUAACUUGAUCUGUUGCCUGCCUUGUGGAAAGUUUUCUUUGUUUCGACGCUUCUUGAAGCUGGGCUGUCCACUGCCUUCUGGGGGCCAACUCUUGUCCUUCAUCCAUUGCUCAACCAGCGCACACAAGGAGUACAAGGAAUGGCUGCCGUAUCUGCUCCUGGCUGGGUUUAAUCCGGUCAAUUUAAUGCACAGAGUCUGGAUUUUCUCUAUGAGCGUGGAUGCCCUUAAUUUUGCCCUGGAGUUCACAGACUGGAAGAGACUUCCUCUAGUUGUACAGCAAGACCUUCUAGACUACGGGCAGAAGACAACUUGGACUCCCAAGAGCUUUAUUCCUCCCCUGUCUCAUCUUUGUCGGCUUGGGAUCCGGUCCCUUUUAAGCAGCGAGUGCCUGCGAUCGGACCAAUUUAUCCGGCGGUUGCCGUUGCCGGCUUGUCUGCAGGACUACCUUCUCUACUUGGAUGUGCUGCGAGCCAGCGGAGUCCCAGAAGCAGAGGUUUUUCUGAGGCAGAGUGCGCAGGGAGAUCCCCUUAGCAGUGACUCCAGCGAUGACAAGUAGGGACACCUGCCAUGCCUAGCUAGGUGAGGUGGCGGAAUUCUGACAGUGCAGAUUUUGUAAUGGCAGUUAGCAGACGCCAGAGAAGAACUGCUGUAAGUAACUGUAGUAAUAAAUCUUUUCAUGCUGCA